AUUCUUCGAUCGAUAUUUGAAGAGAUAACAACAUGAAAUCGAUCAUCUUAGUCGCUCUCAUUGGAGUGUGCGCUGCUGGCGCACUCCCAGCGUACGUUCCACAGUACCGGUACUACCAGGACCUAAGACCCAGGGCUGCGUUGGAAAGAAACGCCGCUAUCCUGAGGUCAGAUUCCGAAGUCAACGACCAGGGCUACCAUUACGCCUUCGAAACGGAAAACGGUAUUCAAGCCGAAGAGACCGGACGGGAAGCAAAUGGAAUUCAAGCUCAAGGCGGAUACUCAUACGUUGGUGAUGACGGUCAGGUGUACAGUGUGAGGUACACCGCCGACUCCAACGGCUUCCAGGCGCAAGGUGCCCAUCUCCCCACCUCGCCGCCUGUCCCAGAGGCUAUCGCUAGAUCUCUCCAAGAGAAUGCCAGAGAUGAAGCCAAUGGUAUUUUUGAUGACGGAAGCUACCAUCAGGGAAAAUACACGGACGCUUCAGGGUCAGGGGUAGUCAUAGCGCGUAAUCGUUACAACCUUCCCUACAGACAGUACCUCGGCUCCGGUUUCAGGAACUAUUAGUAGAGGCGCAUCGAUGAAUUUUAUGUUACGUGCCAUCGGAAUAUGUAGUUUAAGAUUAUACAUAAUAUCGUCUUCUGUUUAAGCAAUAUAAUAAAUAGUUUUUUGUAUUCUUUU